AUGGUGACGCUGAAUCGCCUGAGUGUUGAGGAUCCAGACGAUGGCUUCUCCUUGCUGCCUGAGGCUGCUCAGACUGCAGUUGCAGCCCCUGUCAUUCAAAGACAACAGGAGCUCAAGGAGCCACACUCCAGGCCAUUCUUCCUCAGCAGAACUAAAAAUCUGGUCCUUAGUCUUGUGCUCUUGACUGGAUGUUAUUCAGCUAUUUUAAUUCCAGCGUAUUUCCCCUUGGAUAAGCUGACUGUCAACGACCACCAACAGCCCAAAGAUCUGGCCUUACUAAAUCGGUCAGCGUCACUGCUGUCAAGCCCCUGUCAACCCCGGUGGUGUCUGGACCACCUCAAGCCCCUGUCCUGUUCUGCAGGCCUCCUGGACAUCCCUGUGUUUGUCCAGCAGGAGACACCUGUGGCCUGGGAUCUGUCCCCUCCACUGGGGCUGCAGGGCAGCGAGGGCCACCUGGCUCUGGCUCUGGCCUCUCUGCCUCAGCCUGGCCUGCCUCCCUCACUGGGCAAAGAGGGCAGCUGCAGGCGCUGUGUGGUGGUCGGCAGUGGAGGGGUCCUUCAGGGGAGCCAUCUUGGAUCCCAUAUAGAUCAGUAUGACAUCAUCAUCAGACUGAACAAUGCUCCAGUGUCUGGCUUUGAGAGAGAUGCUGGCUCAAGGACCACUGUCCGCCUGGUUUACCCAGAGGCAGCCCCCCACUCCCCUGAUGAAUACAGGGAGACCACCAUGGUUGCUCUGGUGGUCUUCAAGAGCCUGGAUUUGGACUGGCUCACUUCUGUCAUCACCAAACAACCUCUGAGCUUCUGGUCCAAAAUGUGGUUCUGGAGGGAGGUCGUGGAUGAUAUUCCCCUGAGACCAGAGAACUUCCGAAUCCUCCACCCAGAGAUUAUUCACAAGACAGGACAGGUCCUACAGACAUAUACUGUGAACCAGGGAAAGAUGGUCCCGACACUAGGUGCCAGUGCUGUGGUGAUGGCUUUUCAGUUGUGUGACCAGGUGAGCCUGGCGGGGUUUGGGUAUGACAUGCAUCACCCGGAGGCCAGGCUUCACUACUAUGAGACCAUACGCAUGGAUGCUAUGAAGGCUCAAGUGGUGCAUGAUGUCAGUGCCGAGAAACUCUUCUUGAGAGAGCUGGUGGCUGCAGGAGCUGUGACUGAUCUCACAGGAGCGCUGUGA